AUGUUUUCUUCAGGGAAUCACGCCAAGACCAAGCGACAGGCACACAUCUUGAGCCGCCGCCAAACAAAUGAGAAGUGGAACAUUUUUCGGCAUUUGUCUUGGGAAAGGAAACAAAAGUCGCAAACAUGGGGACCUGACAUGGAGGAAGGCCGGGGUGAGCGUGCAGUCACCGAUGAUGGAGUGCCUAUGACCCAUGCGGAAACGGCACCCGAGCGAUACUCACCCAGAGGCUUCUCCGAGGAGGAUGGAAACGGCACCAUCCACAAAGAGCAAGAGGCCAAGGACUUUUCAAACGACGACAACAAUGACGGCCAGCAAUAUAGCGGUGAAACCGCGAUAGACCCAUCGCAUAAACCAACAGCGGCAGGAGGUGGCGAGGGAAGCAUGAGAAACAGGAAACCAGAAUCAACAAAGGAGGCUGCGCAAGAUGAGCCUGAAGAGAAACCGAAGAAAGAGCACCGGCUAUUCAAGACCAUCCAUCCCAAGGAACCUUUUACCUUCAGGAAUCAAUUCCAACGAACGUUCUUGAACUCCUGGAUCAACAUCCUUCUUAUUGCUGCUCCCGUCGGCAUCAUCCUCGGCGCGAUCCCGCAUAUGAAUCACUAUGCCAUCUUCAUUGUGAACUUCGUGGCGAUUAUUCCGUUGGCAGCUAUGUUGAGCUUUGCAACAGAGGAGAUCGCUCUCCGGACUGGUGAAACUCUAGGUGGUCUUCUCAAUGCCACAUUCGGAAAUGCCGUUGAGCUGAUUGUCGCCAUUAUGGCCUUGGUCAAAGGAAAAAUUGUCAUUGUCCAGACUUCUCUUAUUGGCAGUAUUCUUUCCAACCUGCUUCUUGUCCUGGGUAUGUGCUUCUUCUUCGGCGGUCUGCGCAGACAGGAGCAGUACUUCAACACGACAGUGGCACAAACUGCGGCUAGUCUGCUGGCUUUGGCCGUGGGGAGUAUCAUUGUGCCUACAGUCUUCGAGCAGAUUACCGACCUUGCGCAGUCCCAGACGGCCGCUCUGUCGAGAGGCACAGCCAUCAUUCUCCUUUUCGUUUAUGCUGGCUACCUAUACUUCCAACUCAAGACUCAUCAUGCGGUGUUCAGCGAGGAGAGCCAGAAGGUACCGAUGCGGCCGCGCAAGAAUGAGCUGAAAGACGGUGCGAUACAGGCGGGUGUUCUCGGCCCCGCCGGUUUAAUGGGUCAUGCAGUUCCAGGACGCUCAGACAAUGAGAGACUUUCCAAGAUGUUGAUGGAUAACCCCGGAGCAAACGACGCAGAAGAGGAAGGGGAGGACCCACAACUGAGCUUUGCCGUUGCGCUUGGUACCCUCGUGGGGGUGACUGUUGUUAUUGCCUUCUGCGCCGAGUUUUUGGUUGACAGCAUCGACUAUGUGGUGAGAGAGGGCGGCCUCAGUGAAGAAUUCCUUGGUCUCAUUCUUCUACCCAUUGUCGGUAAUGCAGCAGAGCAUGCUACUGCUGUUACCGUCGCUAUCAAGGAUAAGAUGGAUCUGGCUAUUGGAGUUGCCGUUGGUUCUAGCAUGCAAGUUGCUCUCUUCCUGAUUCCUCUUCUUGUCGUCAUUGGCUGGGGAAUGGGACGUGACGAUAUGAACCUUGCCUUCGAUGUUUUCCAGGUCGUCGUCAUGUUUGUGUCUGUUCUCCUGGUCAACUAUCUCAUCGGAGACGGUAAGAGCCAUUGGCUUGAAGGAAAACUUCUCAUGUGCCUUUACGUCAUCAUCGCCGUUUGCGCUUGGUACUAUCCAGCAAAGGUGGAGUAA